CCGAGUCUGUGCUGUUGCGCAUGCGGGAGGACGCCAGGGGCCGCGUUCUCCUUCCGGGCAAGCGGCGGUUUUGCUUCCGGGUGAGGCCGGCCCCGCGCCGCUGCCAUGAAGAUCACGCGGCAGAAGCACGCCAAGAAGCACGUGGGCUUCUACAAGUACAACUUCCAGGUCCGGGAGCCCUUCCAGGUGCUGCUGGACGGCACCUUCUGCCAGGCCGCGCUGCGCAACAAGAUCCAGAUCCGCGAGCAGCUGCCCGGCUACCUGGGCGGCGCCACGCAGCUUUGCACCACGCGAUGCGUUCUAAAAGAAUUAGAAUCACUGGGGAAGGAACUAUAUGGAGCAAAAUUAAUUGCCCAACGAUUUCAGGUUCGACACUGUUCUCACUUCAAAGAUCCAGUAAGUGGUUCGGCAUGUCUUCUAUCCAUGAUUCAGGAUGGCAAUCCACAUCACUAUUUUAUUGCUACACAGGACCAAGAUUUGGCAAAAAAAGUGAAGAAAAAACCUGGAGUUCCUCUGCUCUUUAUUAUUCAGAACACUAUAGUACUUGACAAACCGUCUCCAAAAUCUCUGGCAUUUGUUCAAGCAGUGCAAGCAAAUCAGCUUGUUCCAGAGCACCAGAAACAAAGUCUUAAACAACUCAAAGAGAAAGAGGGACUAGGAAAGGAAGAAAAGGAAAAAAGAAAACGUAAAAGGGUGGGUGGUCCCAAUCCCCUCAGCUGCCUGAAGAAGAAGAAAAAAGUGCAAGAGACUAAGCAGCCUCCUGCUGCAAAGAAGAAACGAAAAAGAAAACGAAGCCGGGCUAAACCGCAGCCAGUGCAGCAGUGCACAGAAGCAUAAAGCUGUCCUUAUAAACCGUGCAGGACUUCAGUGUUGCUUGAAUUUUUGUAAAGAUUCUUUUUGCACAAAAAUAAUAUGAAAAUAACUGUGUGUUUGUACUGAACCAUAUUUUUAUGAAAAAGUAAUACCCUUCCUUGGGAAACAAACACUGUGAGGACAUGUGCUGUGUUGUUUUCUGUACCUCUUAACUUGUUCGUUCAUGCCAUGAGAAAAAAGACUAAUAAUAUGAAAUCCAGUGCGAUUUUCCCAUCGCAAAGUAUGAAGUCAGAGUUAAAUUUCUUGCAUUUAUAAGUGCAAUUGUAUGUUUCAGAACAGGCUGGAUCCAAGUUGACCCUUCAGGUGUCUCCAGUUGGGCUUGCCAUGUCUUGAAAGGGUUGAUCCUAAUUGAAAGGGUUAAGUCUCUAGAUAUUCCUACUCACUGGCCAUGUCCACAUGAGAUGCUUACUGCUCAGUAGCAUCACAUGGCAGAAACCACAUGAAGCGACGCUACUGAGCAGCAGUCUUGGGCUAUUACACAGUCAGCAUCACAAGGCCGUUUGUCGGCGCUGCUGCGCAGUAACUUGGGUUACUGCACAGUCAUUUAGUACUGGUUUAUACAAGUACUAAAUGACUGCGCAAUAACAACUAAACAGUCAGCGUCUUUUGUAUAUCAAACCACUGUAUAGGAAUCCCAGGUGCCUCCCAAGAGCAAUCUAGUAACUGCCUAGAUGCUGAGCAGGGAGGCAUGUUGAAUAAGCCCCGGGCUGUCCAACUGGCAGCCUCUGGGCUGUAUAUGGCCUUGUAACAGGGAGCCCUAG